GCAAUAAGAAGUGAUACUGCUUUUAUAUAAGCAUCUUUAUUUUCUUUUAUUAACAAUCAACUAGAAGUAAGAAUGGAGCUACGGCGUACGUAUCAAAUUACGUAAUGUCCGUCGAAUAAAUAGCACGUGAGUCGAGUUAGAAGGAACAGUCAGAAAAAAGGUACGUGGAGCGUGUGAAGUUAUCAUCAAGAGUGAACGUCAAUAUCGUGCUGAUAAUCAGAGUCGUCAUAUUUUACUUAAUUAUUUCCUCUGGCGACCUUGUUCACGUUUUCUGCAUUUCUGUCUAUUUGAUUGAUCGCAAUGGCCAAUAUUCCAACUGUUACAUUUUCGAAUGGAUAUAAAAUGCCAAUGCUGGGUCUCGGAACUUAUAAGAUGGGAGAUGUGAAAAGAGCUGUAAAAGACGCAAUAGAUCUUGGAUAUCGUCAUAUUGACUGUGCUCACGUUUAUCGCAACGAGAAAGAAGUCGGUGCUGCUAUCACGGCAAAGAUAGAGGAGGGCGUUGUAAAGCGAGAAGAUCUAUUCAUCACCAGCAAACUAUGGAAUACUUUCCAUAGACCAGAUCUGGUUGAACCGGCCAUUAAACAAACGCUAGCUGAUCUUGAUCUCGAUUAUAUAGAUCUCUAUUUAAUUCACUGGCCAGUCGGAUAUAAAGAAGAAGGACCUCUUUUCCCGACAAAUCCUGAUGGUACUUCUACUUUGAGUGACGUAGAUUACGUCGACACUUGGAAGGCUAUGGAAAGCGUGCUGUCCAAGGGGCUGACCAAAAACAUUGGUGUCAGUAAUUUUAAUUCCGAGCAAAUUACCAGGAUACUUGAGAAGGGAACGGUUAAACCUGUUACAAAUCAGGUCGAAUGUCAUCCAUAUUUAACGCAAAAGAAGCUAUCAGAUUUUUGUAAGGAAAAGGAUAUCCUUAUUACAGCAUACAGUCCACUUGGAUCGCCGGACAGACCAUGGGCCAAGCCAGACGAUCCAAAAUUGCUGGAAGAUAAGAAAUUAAUUGAGCUUGGACAAAAGUACAACAAGACACCUGCACAAAUUCUUAUCCGUUAUCAAUUGGACCGUGGCCAUAUAGUGAUUCCCAAAUCAGUUACCAAAUCACGAAUUGCUCAGAAUAUGGAUGUAUUUGACUUUAAACUUUCGUUAGAAGAUAUUGCUUAUAUUGACACUUUCGAUUGCGAUGGAAGAGUUUGUCCAUUAAUUGGUGCAAACGCCAGUCCCUAUUAUCCGUUCAACAUUCCGUUUUAAAUAAUAAUUAAAGAAGCAAGUGAAAUAUUUGCGUGUUCUCUAUUAAAUUUUUGUAUUAAAACGUAUUUUUAAAUUACU